AUGAGGUCUGCGCCGCUAUCACCUCCCCCGGAAACAAGCGAACAAAACUCGAAUCUCUCAGUGUCUGAAUGGGUCAAGCUAUCUCAUUCUGUGAAUAUGUCGAGCAGUACUUACACUCGACACUCACCGGCCCUACAAGACCAGGAUCCAUACCUCUCUGCGCCGUCAGAUCCUGAAGAACUUGAUUUCAAGGCGCAUGCUAUACGUUUGACCCCACUGGGUGGCAGUCCGAAUAUUGCUUCCUCUCCGAUCGAAUCUCAUGAUCUUUCUCCACCGCAGAAUGACUGGUACAAUCCCAGCACUUGUGUUUCUCCAUCUGUCCUUAGUGGGAGAUAUGUGGACCCGUCAGACAUUGACUUUGCAAAUGGGUCGGGUUGGCCAGAUCGUGGGGCUGCGGCGCUCAACACUAUGGGUACGACAUCUGCUAUAUCUGCUCUAUCUACCUGGUCAGAUUCUCUGCCAGCCCAGCAGGAGCCAGCUCAACCGGGUCCAGGUACCAAUCAAGCAUAUGCAUCAUCUGGUCUGGUCGUCUCGACUAAUCAUACGGCUGGGACGGAACUGGCAUCGGCUUCUACUCAGGGUAGAAGCCCAAUCAUCCUCACUGUAUCAGGUCCGCCACGCGGAGAUUCCCCAGAUUUUCAUUCCAGUCACAAGCGCCAUGCAAGCCGGUCGUCGACCCAUCUUUCCCCAGGCGGCUUUGAUGAGUUUGAAGAAGAGGUUGGUGAUGAGAUUGAAGAGCUUCGAUCAGUCCCUUCCCUCUUUGCAAGUAGAGCGGAUAACGGUCAAUGGAUCCGUAACUCGACCACGGGUCAAGGUGGUCUUGAUCCCUCUGCUCGUGGCACGGAAUAUGUGUCUAGCCCUAACAUGCUCAAGGGCAUACGUGAGCUUGAGCAGAAGAACCAGCGAAUUAGCAACUGGUUCGCGCAGGUGAGCGCGACAAAAAGCGAAGCUGGCGAUGAUCAGCCGCGACCAUCUCGGACGACCCUGUCCCCGCCGAAACCUAACAGACCCAGAGCAAGAAGUACUGGUGAUAAUCCGCUGAAACAAGAAGAUUAUUUCAGUCUCAAGUUUCAUACAGGUCCUCCAACACCUGGGCCUGGGGUCUUGCUACAGGAAGAGAGUGAGAGUGAGGGUGAAGGUAGUGGGGAUGAAGGUAGCCUUGCAAGUGAGGAAACGGCUUCUGACUCUCUGCCUGCUGAUCCUGGUCGACAUGACUAUACCUCUCCUGGCAUCUUUCCCUCCCGCGAGGCAGCGGACUCCGUCCGCGUGUAUCCUUGGCAUGACGAUAUUCGCGACUCUAUACCGAGAAUGGAGCCGAUGCAACCGUACAGCUCUAGUGCGGCCAUGAUGAUCUAUCAAAUGCGGGCACGGGAAAUAGAGACAGCAUCUCUCACCGCUACUGUUGAUGCCGAUAGUAUUCGCAAUUUUGAGAGCCUGAGCCUGACCGACAAUCGACCGAAAACUAAAUAUCGGAGUAGAAGCCUCCUGAGUUUCAAGCGCCCAUCUUUUGGCCUGUCAUCCAAUCUGAAGCGUCAAGCCUCAGAACUCACGACUGCCAGUAUUGAGACAUCCGGUGAACAAGGGACUGAGCACGAUACUCCCCAACGUAAGGAGAGCCAAUCGAUUCGUCAUAGAUAUAGUCUGUCGUCAAAGGUGCAUUCACUCUCACACUCGCGCUCACCAAGUUUGACAAGCGGUCUCUUGUCCUUGACAGGAUCGAUCACAGCCAUUGGAGCAAAUAAUGUGGUGCAUGCUGCUGCACCUAAUACGGACGCCACACUGUCCCCUCCAGCUAAAGUGCGACAACGCCGAAGCAUCAGUGAGAUUCCUCGUCCCAACACACCAGGACUGAUGGAGCUGAUGACCUCACAUGGUGGCCCACCUGUUGCAAGUAUUCAGCGUUAUCUCAAACCAGGGUCGAAUAUGGGACGGCAGAUGGCCAGUGUGACACCGGAGCCUGAUAAGACAGGCGCAGAGGAUGAGGAUGAUGAUCAUCUGGACCAUGCCGAGGACUCGGCAAUGAAAAUGGAGUUCCCUCCUAUAUCGGAAUUACCUGUGCCAACAUUUGAAGGUUUCCAGGCGCAAAUUAUGCAAAUGAACCCGCGGCUCGUGCCAGCUCUAACCCGCCGCUUUGCUCAAGAGCAGGUGCGGCGGUACAAGAAGCUGGUUGAUCAUCAACAGAAGCAUGCUGCUGCCGUCGCCAAAGGUACUUGCAAAUCUGGCGAGUUCUGCAAGUUACAAGGCGGGAGCCCCAUUUUGUUAGAACAGGGUAAAUCUUCAGCUCCCACUGAACCGUGCGGACAAACUCAGUUCCGAGUCGCAAAUUCCACGCGUGAGCAUCCAUACUAUGUAGGCGAAGGGUCUUUCGCUGCAGCGCAGUUCCCAGCUGGAGUUCCGCUGCCACCAGCCCACCGCCUACCAGCCGAGUUUGAGUGUUCUGUCUGCUUUGGAGUCAAGAAGUUUCAUAAACCUUCUGAUUGGUCUAAACACAUUCACGAGGAUCUUCAGCCGUUUACCUGCAGCUUUCCGCAAUGUACCGAGCCCAAGUCAUUCAAGCGAAAGGCGGACUGGGUGAGACACGAGAACGAGUGUCACCGGAAACUGGAAUGGUGGGCUUGCUCAUAUUCUGGAUGUACUCACACCUGUGCUCGUAAAAAUAAUUUUAAAGAGCACUUGGUUCGUGAGCACAAGUUCCCCGACCCCAAGAUGAAGAAAGGGGCAGUUGCAGACGAUGGUUUUUCGGCUAGCGAACGAGACAAGCUGGUUGCUCGGCUGUGGGCUGUUGUGGAGGAUUGCCGGCAGGAAACUCAGCAGACUCCCAAUUCGGAGCCCUGUCGGUUUUGUGGGAACAUUUGUUCCACAUGGGGUGGGUUGGCACGCCACCUGGGGAAACACAUGGAGCAGUUGGCCAUCCCUGUUCUGGAGCUGGCCAAACAGACCAGUGCCCCUAGCCAAGGACAGUCUGGACAAUGCUCUAUUCAGGUUCAGCCACUGGGAGUGGAGAACAGCAGCAGAUCUGCAGAGACAUACCCACCUGCCUCCCUGACCGUACCUCUUGGCAGGCAUGAUAUAGCUCAGCCACAGUAUGCCACCAGUGAUGCGAGCACAUCAAGCCACAACCACAACUUCUAUGAUCUGCAGCAGCCGGGGAACUAUUCAACCAUCGCCGGCAUUGAACUGUCGAUGGAACCGGAACAGAUACCCGAUCAACUCCAGCCUAAUCAAUAUACAUUCAACGGCUUGCUUCUAGAUCAAGCCACUAUGCCUCAGACUCAAACCCAACUUCCCCAUCAAAACUCAGUGUCAUAUCCACCCCCAUUCAACGUGAAUGCGAGACCGGAGCAGUAUGAUAAUCAAUUUUAUGCAGGAAAUUCACUUUAUCCUGUUCCGGUCCCUGUUGCUCCUGCGUCCGUACAGGCGAGUUACCCGCCAUACCAGGCCGUGGCUCCAAACCCACCCUAUAUACCCACACCACCUGGGUCGAACUACCCUCAAAUGUGA